AUGCGAGUGGCGGCCUCUAGUCGCUUUACUGGUGGAGGCCGAGCAGAGAAGAGGUGUAGACAGAGAAGAGGUGUAGACGCUGUUAAAGGAGUCCGCAAGUAUGAGCGCAGAGUCAAGGAGCUCACUUACCAGACUGAGGAGGAUAAGAAAAACGUUAACAGACUUCAGGACCUGGUAGAUAAGCUGCAGAUGAAAGUGAAGGCCUACAAGAGGCAUUCUGAGGAAGCGGAGGAAGCAGCCAAUAGCCAUAUGUCUAAGUUCAGGAAGGUUCAGCAUGAGCUGGAGGAGGCUGAGGAGCGUGCUGACAUCGCUGAGACUCAGGUCAACAAGCUCAGAGCCAAGACCCGUGACUCUGGAAAGGCACAGAACUGCUGCUAAACGUGUACCUGACUCAUGUUCAGAUAUGACCACAUCAACACCACCUAUGAUUCAGUCUUCUCAAAGGUCAAUACAGACCUUUUACACUCAACUGUAUUGAAGAUCUCUAAGAAGAACAUUUCAGGAAGGGCUAAACAAUCUAAUGAGAGUUAUUCAGUUAGUACUUCAACAUCUAAAAUCCAAGCUGAGCACUGAGCACUAAAGACUUGAUCCAUUAUAUUCUAUCCAUAUAUUUACCAUGUUCAUUAUUAUUACUGAUCCAUUAUAUUAUUUAUUUAUUCUUACAGGGAAAAGAAGUUGCUGAAUAAACAAGACCAAAGUAUUGAAGAUCAAAGUCUUACCAUUUUCCUGUGUUUCAUAAAAUAUGAUUUUCAUGGUGAAAUGUUGAGCGUUGAUUAAAAACAUGUGGAUAUACAUACA